AUGCGCAGCAUCACUGCCUUCUUGGAGCAGCGCCUGAAGGAUCUCAGGGACCGUGGGAGGGAGAAGAGAUCGGCAGAAGGAGAGAGCGAGAAGACGGGGAACGAAGUGCCGAGGGAAAAGGAGGAAGAGGAAGGGGGGAGGGGAGGCAGGGCGAUGGAGGAAGAGACUAAGAGAGAAGGCAGAGAGACAAGACGGAGAGACGAGGAAGGAGAAUCUUUUCAGGAUCCCAGUCUCCACCGUCUGCGUUCUCCACCUGCUGUCGCUCUGACUGGAUCAUCCUUCAGUCACAUCCAAGAUCUGUCCAAAGCUGUUAAUUCAGAACUGCAGUGGCUACUCAAAGCAGAUGCUGACACCUUCCAGAAGCGGCUUCACCACUUGGUUGCAGAGCCCGAUGAGCGUGGAGGAAUAUCCCUGGGAUCUCCGCGGAAGUCACCCCCGGAAGUGGCUUCGGACUACACGAAGAAGAAGAACGUCGUCCGCCUCCAUCUGGCGUCCGGCUCGGAAUUCCUCUUCCAGGCCGACACUAGUCAAGACAUGAAUCUCUGGCUCGGUGCCUUUGCAUCUGCCGCUGCGAUGAAGCCGGAUCCUUCCACGGGAGAGGGUUUCGCGUCGGGAGCGGACGAGACGGGAGAAGGCCAGGGGAACGAGCGAGCGUCGCCUCCACCCCCGGGCGCCACCAAGAGUCUUCAUCGCAAACUCGCCUCUCUGCGCAAUCGAUCUCCGUCGGGUCAGCCCCCCGCUCCCAAGUCUCGAAAGGCCGUUCAGAUCCCCGGAGCGGGUGGGAACGUGCCCGAAUUGGCCAGUCCCAAGUCCAAGACGUGGCGAGGCAGGGUCGCGAGGCACCUCAAGAAGAUGCAUCCGAGCCAAGGAAGCCAGUCCCAAUCUCAGUCCCAGACGCCCGUGUCCUUCCCAGAGGGAGCCACCAUCGGUGUUCCCCUGGAACUCUGUUCUAUGUCACCCCGAAACGAAUGCGUACCUGCCGUGGUGGAAUUCUGCACGAGCAUCGUGGAGUUGAAGGGUGGGAAUGCGGUCGGCCUCUAUCGAGUACCUGGAAAUUCUGCAGCCGUCGCCUCUCUCACGGAGGCCGUGAACCGAGGCUUCGAGAAUCUCGACAUCCAGCAAGAUCCUCGGUGGACCGACGUGAACGUGAUCUCGAGUCUUCUCAAGUCUUUCUUCCGGAGGCUUCCCGAACCCGUGGUGACCGCCGAGCUCUAUCCGUCGUUCAUCGCCGCCUGCAAGCUGGAAGACAUCCGGGAGAGAUACAUCACCAUCAAGAAAUUGCUGCGGGAACUCCCCGAGGUGAACUACGAGACGCUGCGCCAUCUGUCCCUGCAUCUCCAACGGGUGUCGGGGAACCAGGCCACCAACAAGAUGGAUCCCAGGAACCUGGCCAUCGUCUUCGGGCCGAACCUCAUCCGCCCGAUGGAGGAAGACAUGGUCACCAUGGUGAACGACAUGUCUCAGCAGUGCAAGAUCGUCGAGACCCUCGUCUUGCACGCGAACUGGUUCUUCGACGACGCCGAAGAAGUGACUCUGGACGGCCUGCCGAAGGAUGCCGUGGAGAGGAAGGAGGAGCUGGACUCGCCUUCUGCCACCCCCAAUCAUUCCCUUCUCCUCAACAAUCUUUCCAAGAUCGAAGAGCUGACGACUCCCUCCGAUGUAUGUGCCAAAGAUGUCGUGUCCUCGAUCAUCACCGCAGCCAAUAGGAAGUCCAAAACCUCUGUGGGCACAAGAAUCAUCACUCACGUCCCUUCGGGUCCCAUAAAAGUGAUACCCAGGUCCCAGAUGGAGAAGAUGGAAGAGGCCGUGAUGGACAUGACCGCACCGGCGGCGGCAAAGCCCGCGGAGAAGGAAGAGAAGCGCGACCCCAAAGACGCGGACCCGUGGAGAUACUCCGAGGUGACGGCCAGGACGCACGAACGCGUGAGGCGGUUCGAAGAGGAGACCCGGGCGAUGCUGGAGCACGCCCCCCGGCCGAGUCUGGGGCUCAGCCGACAGAAGGUGGAGGAGGAAUGGGCGAAGGCGAAGCGGGACCUGGAGACCGACGACGACCUGGACGAGCUGGCCGACCGUCCCUCCGGUGAGUGCGACUCCCGCCGGUGUUUACCGACGGUACUCCCACGGUACCGAUUCGAUCCGACUCGAUCCCGUUCGGCCGUAGAUCUGAAGAAGAUGGGAGAGUCGCGUCGACAGUCGUUCGGAGGAUUCCUCAGGCCCACGGCGUACCACGGGAUGACUCCCGCACGAGCUUCUUUCCCGCCUGCAGUGGGAACUCUUCCGGAGAUGUCCCUGCAUCAGCACGUGAUGCUGAGGAGAGGAAAUUCUGCAGAGGGAAUCACCCACCCGCGACUCCCCACCACCCACUUCUUCGACGCUUCCAAGAUGUUCGCUCACGAGACCCUCAGGCGUGCGCGCUCCCUCCGAUCUCAGGGGUCGAGAGAGAAGCCGCCGAGUCUUUCGUCGCAUCACCCACCCGGAGAUGCGUUCUCGCAUCAUCAUCAUCAGGUCGUGCCCCUGGCCAGCAACGGGAACGUUCGUUGCGGUUCUCUGGAUUCCCUCAGGGAAGCGUACGACAAGGACAAGCUCCCCGACACCAAGGAAGAAGCCUUUAACGUUCCCAUGCUGGAACUCACUCGAGAGGGGCAUCUCUAUCUCAAGACUGUGAUAAUUGAUGGAAAGUUGGAUGGACCAACCUUCAGUCACAUCCAACAUCUGUUCAAAGCUGUUCCUUCAGAACUGCAGAGGAUACUCAAAGCAGAUGCUGACACCUUCCAGAAGCGGCUUCACCGCUUGGGUCGCGUGCUGGUGAUAGAUCCUGGAAGCAUGUCUAUGCCGUCCUCCGAACGUACCUGCUAUACUUCCAAAAAGAAAGAAGAGAGUGAUCCCAGGUCGGCACCAUUGCAAUCUUCCCUAGACCAAUUCCAGAUGGGAGCCCUUUGUACUGUCAUUUCGCCUGCUGUCUGA